CGCUGUCAGAGCGGUUUGACAGCAGCGGUCGCGGUGAAUUUUAAAUAGGACGUUUGAGGAGUACUACAGCCUCCCUCGCACCACCGAGCUGAGUUUUGGCAGUGUCACAGAGCCCGUGUGCUUUAUUCCUGCCUGCAUGGCGGCCUGGGAUUGGGAGACUAAUGAAUGAUUCAAAGCUUGCCGUGGUCCAGCGCCAUGGUAGACAUGCCGAGCCUGUACAGUCCUUUGUCCCCACUGGGCGAUCCUAUUCUGGACAGCCCACUGUGUGGAGAGCUCAUUGGUGACAUGGAGGUGCUGGAGGACAUCUCACAGUCCCUCAGUGACGAUACCUUCAACUCCCUCCACGUGCUGGACUACCAGUGCAACAACACAGCAGCAGACAGCUCAGCUAGCUUAGAUGUCUUAACACCAGCAUCUAGUCCGUCCUCAGAAGUGUUUGGGUCCAGCGCUGUCCAGGACGAGAACUCGUCUGGUUCUCUGGCCCUCGAGUGUCGCGUCUGCGCCGACCGGGCUUCUGGUUUCCACUACGGAGUGCACGCCUGCGAAGGGUGCAAGGGGUUCUUCAGGAGAACCAUUAGACUCAAACUGGAGUACGACAAGUGCGAACGCAACUGCAAGAUCCAGAAAAAGAACCGCAACAAAUGUCAAUACUGCCGUUUCCGCAAGUGCCUUGCUGUGGGCAUGUCCCACAACGCUAUCCGUUUUGGACGGAUACCCCAAUCUGAGAAACAGAGGCUGAAAGCAGAGCAGGACGUCAGUGGGAAAGAGCAGCACGAGUCCCAGAAGCCGGACACAAAGAGUCUGGUCAGGCAGAUGCACGAAGCCUACCUCAAACACUUCCACAUGAACAAAGCCAAAGCACGCGUGUUUCUCACGGGCAAGACCAGCACUCCGCCCUUCGUCAUCCACGACAUGGACACCCUCCAGCACGCAGAGAGGAAACUACACACCCAGCUGCUGGGCAACGUGGCGUCCGGAGACGCCUCAUCUCUGCAGGAGAGAGAAGUGGAGGCCCGCCUCUUCCUGUUCUGCCAGUACGCCUCGGUGGAGACGGUCACGGAGCUGACGGAGUUCGCCAAGGCCGUGCCCGGCUUCGCCGCCCUGGACCUCAACGACCAGGUGACUCUGCUGAAGUACGGCGUGUACGAGGCGCUCUUCGCCCUGCUGGCCUCCUGCAUGAACAAAGACGGGCUGCUGGUGGCUCGCGGCGGAGGCUUCAUCACCCGAGAAUUUCUGAAGAGCCUGCGCAAGCCCUUCAGCGACAUGAUGGAGCCGAAAUUUCAGUUCGCCAUGAGGUUCAACGCCCUAGAGCUCGACGACAGCGACCUGGCUCUGUUCGUGGCCGCCAUCAUCUGCUGCGGAGACCGUCCGGGACUGAGCGACGUAUCGCACAUCGAGCGCAUCCAGGAGAGCAUCAUCCACGCCCUGCGGCUCCAGCUGUUGUCCAACCACCCCGACAACGCCUUGCUCUUUCCCAAGCUGCUGCAGAAGCUGGCCGACCUGCGGCAGCUGGUGACGGAGCACGCCGAGCUGGUCCAGGAGAUCAACAAGACGGAGGACGCGUCACUCCACCCGCUUCUGCAGGAGAUCUACAGGGACAUGUACUGACCUCGGAGGGGGAACAUCUUCCGUUGGAUGGGGCGCUGCCGGGAGGUUAUAGGGUGAAGCCAGCGUAAUUGUAGGCCCAAAACUAUAGCGUCAACCUUUAAUAGGGCACAGACCUUUACAAGGUCACUGCCCACAGUCCCGUAGAGAAGUGCAAUAAACGCUUUUGUAAAUUUGCCAAAAAGUGAAAAUGGAUGGCACUGAAAAUACAUGCCUCGGCUCACCGUAAACUGGCAGCAGACCAUUAAAGUGCCAUCUUUAGCUACGUGAGCAUCCGCUUAUAGCGCUAGAGCGUAGCUGGCUUGUAUUGUUUUGGACAAACGUAACUUCCGGAGCGGCUGGCGUCGCUCUGCACUUUUCAACUCGAGCACAUCGCCGCCUCUGCCAAACAAGCACCAGCAGUUAAGACUCGGGGCCUGGAAAUUAUAUAGUUAUGCUGAAUGAGGGGUGUGUUUUUUUUUUAUCGUAUGUUUUAAUGCUAGAACGAAACGUGUAGAGAGAGAGAGAGAGAGAUAUAAAUCAGACUGUUCGUUACCUCAUUUCAAACGCUUGUACAUUGAGCAUCCUUUGUAAAAUCUUUUGUAUAAAAAUAUUAUUGUACACUG